CGCUUAUCAUCGUAGAUACCUUUAAAGUAUAAAUACAGCGGAUGUGCUACCAGUGCGCGUUAAUCUUCGAACAUGAAGUUACUCUUCGAAGGAAGUUUUUUCGUGCUGCUCCUCUGCACCGCGCAAGCGUACGAGGUACUUAUCCAGGGACUAUUUGAUUGCGCAGUUGCGAACGCCGACAAGGUGCCUAUGGAGGAGGUUGGUCAACUGGUGAAUACCGUGCAUUUGAUAAUUGAAUGCGAGCCCGAUGACGGUAUAGCAGAGAAUUUCGAGAAGAUCCUACGGUGUGCCCAGGCGAAUGUUCUGAAUUCGCUUAACAGGCUUAAGUAUUCCUUCGUGGGCUGGGUUAUAAUUCCAUGGACCCUGCAGCGUGUUAAAAAUAUUUUAGACAAAGUAGAGAAUGUGGUUCUUCAUGUAAUCACUAUUCCUGGUGUUAUAGAUUGUUUAAAGCAACAACCAGAUCUGUGUAAAAGAUGGAUCCGAAUACCAUUUACGAACAUCGUACCUGAUUUUACGUGCUCUUAGUGAGUGCCGACUUUUUACUGCACCAUGGUCUUAUAAAGUAUGUCACAGUUUGUAAGGAAAAUGCCUCCUAAAGAAUAAAAAAA